AUGUUUUCCUUUUCGGCUUUGUUUUCUUUACUUCUGCUAGAAUUGCCGAUAAACGACAGUAGGGGAGAUCAUGGUGGUCCUCCAGCUGUUAUCGGUGAUAGAAAUCUAACACUUCGAAGUGAUGAAAUUCCUCAAACGUUGUCAAAAUUAAUACUCGAUGGACCAUUUUAUUGUUAUGUCGAAUGGACUCAGAACAGGCAAAGCGUCGAUAUUUACACAGAUUAUAAUUUUCAACCAUACAUUGCAGUAAACAUCGAACAGGAUACAUUAAGCAUCAUAUUUCAAUAUGAUGGAAAUUAUAAAUUUACUGAAAUGGAUAUCUAUCUUUAUCUAAAUCCGAAUAUCAAUGAUAUCUUUUUGGGUGGAAUUGCGACUCUUAAUAGUACCAAUGCAUUGCAUACAUAUAACUCAUUAAAACUGCAUACACAAGAUACAAGCAAUUUAAUUCUUGAAUUAGAUGUGCUCAAUCUUGAUGCUAUGUUUUUAUCAGCAGGAACUACCACGUUAAUGGGCUACGUGCAAAACAAAGGCAUAAUAAAAUAUUUUGGUAUUGGAAAUGUUGACGCAUCUCAAUUGUACUGUAAAUUUGUUGAUAUUGAAGCUAAUGGACUUGGUACUAUAUCAGUAUCGGGCACACAGGGAUGCAAUAUCAGAGUACAAGGUGUCAGCACUGUAAAAUAUAAUUGCUCGAAUACACAUACUAUUCAGUUGUCUGGCCUGGCUAAAUUAAUACCAGUUUACUGA